AUGGUCAGCGCCUCAGAGUCCGCAAGCUCUCCCUCACCCCCGCCACUCGGCACCUAUAUCGACAAUGAGUCCCUCCAGCUCGUCGAGGUCCUCGGAUAUGGUGGCUAUGGUGUCGUGUACCGCGCCAUUGAUACCUGCUCCUCUUCACCCACAUCCUACGCCGUCAAAUGCUUGCCACGCUCCCACAAGCGCAACGCCCAGCGCCAGCACCAGCUGCACAUGCGCGAAAUCCGCCUCCACCAAGUCGCCUCCCGCCAUCCCAACGUCGUCACCCUCCAUCGCGUCAUAGAGGACUACCACUACACCUACAUCGUCAUGGAGUACUGCCAAGACGGCGACCUCUUCUCCCAAAUCCUCCACCACCGCCGCUAUUUGGGCCGCACCGAUCUCAUCAAGGAGGUCUUCCUCCAGCUGCUUGACGCAGUCGAAUACUGUCACUCUAUGCAUAUUUAUCAUCGCGACUUGAAGCCCGAAAAUAUCCUUUGUUUCGACCGCGGUCUCCGACUCGCCAUUACUGACUUUGGCCUCGCCACCACCGAGGAGGAGAGCACAGAAUUCCGUACGGGAAGCGUGUACCACAUGAGCCCAGAAUGUCAAGGGAGCCAGUGGGGUCCGCGCAGUUACUCGCCUCGCUCCAACGACAUCUGGUCGCUCGGUAUCAUCCUGCUCAACCUCAUCACCGGCCGAAACCCGUGGAAGUCUGCCGCAUAUGACGAUUGCACGUUCCAAGCUUAUCUCCGCAACCCCAUGCACUUCCUCCCCACCGUCCUCCCCAUCUCAGAGGAAGUAAACAUCUUGCUCACACGGACGCUCGAAGUCGACUAUCACAAGCGUAUCUCACUGCAGGAGAUGCGACGAUGCGUUGAGCGCAUCACCAACUUCUAUUCCCCGGACGUUCUCUUUGAGGACAGCAUGGCACGAUGCCCUUGGGAGGCUGGUUUGAACGUGGACGGUGAUGCCGAUGCCGAGGGCGAGGUUGACGACAACUUAUCUGCUGAGGAGUCCGAACCUCGAGCUGCGCUCGAAGACGAGGGGUACACUUCGACAUGGAGCGAUGCCGACUCCGAGAUGGUGUUUGCCCCUCAUCCCGAGACGGACAACUCUUCCUGGACGGACUCGGAGUCUUACGCCACGAGGCGCGACUCGUAUUCCCGCUCUAUGUCCCCGUCCCCGACCUCUCCUCUGUUCACGACCACGAAGCUGUUUGAUGCCACGCAGACGCCCAGCAGCCCAUCUAUGUAUUCGGUGGUGUCCACAUCGCCCUCGAUUCCUUCCUUGCCUGCGACCCCUGGCCUUGACGCGGCAUGGAGUCAACCAGCGAACAAGCGUCCAAGCUUGAAGUUGACGCUGGACACAAACGGAUGCCAGCCUCAAUAUUACGACCACAACGUCAUGAUGGUGUCCGCGCGCUCCUCGUCGAUGCACACGGCGCUCGAGUCACACGUGGAGGCUUACGGGAUGUACUCGCCCUUCCUCUCCGCUACCAUUCCCGAGAAGACGUCGCUGCUGUUCACCUCCCCCGAGGACAUUGGCAUGAUCACGACGCCCGCGACCGCGGACGAUGGCAUGGAUGUAAAGUCGACGUACACCUAUCCCACUAUUGACGCUGACAAUAUGUCCGCCACCAGGCCGGAGUCUUCUAUCCUGGGUCUGGAUUCAGGAUCGAGAUCCGGAAGCCUUACCGCAGUUGAGCAAUACGACUACGACUGGGAGCAGUACUCUGCCCCGUCCAGCAUCCCCCCAGACGUAGCCGCCUCGGGUUAUUCCUUCCUUUCUUUCGGCACGACCCCUGCCCCUUCUCCGCAGUCAGAGCGAGCCUGGGCCGAGCCUUCCUAUGCGGCGUUGAAUCGUCUGCCAGACUCCCAGAGGGAGAAAUCACCCAGCCCGUUUUCCUUUCUUGUAUCACCUACUUCGCCUCCACCUCUGCCAUUUCGUCCGACGCUUUCGCCGGCCGCGCGCGACCGCAAGACGCACACGUCGAGCUUCUUGAAUCCGAUUCGGCUGGCGUUUCCCCGUCGCUCGGCGUCCCCUGCCGUACGGUCUUCCGCGACGUCACCGGCCUACCGGAAUCAUGCGACGCAGACAGAAUCGGAGCCGACUCCCUACACGCAUUGGGCUUUUACACAAUCCACCUCGACCUCCCCAUCUCCACAAGCAUACAUGUGUCUUCCCCCUCUGGAAGCGAAGGAGACAAAGCUUGUGGACACGCAGCGCGCCGGCCGUCCCAGCAGGGCACGAGCAUGGUUCUCGCCUGGAAAGCUGCUCGCAGUAUUGCUCGCAUAA